UUUGAAUUAAAAAAACUGAAAAAUGCAAGAGUUGAUAGCUAGUUUGCAAAAGAUGAGGUUUGAUUUUGAAGUUGUCCUGGAGCAACGGAGAGGAAUUCUGGACUUACCAUUUUCAGGCAUGGACAAAUCUGGUUCAGCGGUUUGUGAGUUUUUUAUUAAAGGUGAAUGCUUAAAAGAAAAUUUGUGCCCCUUUCGUCAUAGCUCUGGUGAAAAGUCUGUUGUGUGCAAACAUUGGCUCCGAGGCCUGUGCAAAAGGGGGGAUCAGUGUGAAUUUUUGCACGAAUAUGACAUGACAAAAAUGCCACGGUGCUACUUCUAUUCAAAAUAUGGGGAAUGCAGUAAGAGAGACUGCCCUUUCCUGCACAUUGAUUCAGAAGUGAAAAUUCAAGACUGUCCGUGGUAUGACCAGGGAUUCUGCAAAAAUGGCCCUCUGUGCAAAAAUAAACACACCAGGAAGGUAAUGUGUGUGAAUUAUCUCGCUGGUUUCUGCCCUGAAGGAACUGAAUGCAAAUUUUCACACCCAAAUAAUGAAUUUACUGAAUGGAACAUGGAAACAAAGGAAAUGGAUAUGCACUCUCAGUAUCCUUUGAUCAGCAAACAAGAGAAAAAAUUCUAUCAAGGCUACAAGGCUCUUGACAAAGUGACGUGCUUCAAGGUAUAUCUUAUUGUUUAAUAUGUAGGGCAUGUACUCCCAUUGACUGGAUUUUGGCCAUCUGAAAAUGUGUUUUGCUUUUUACUUUUACCACAUGCUAGUACCAGCUCUUUGCUGGUGGAAUUACUGACUGAUCUACUCCAUUCAGAGAUUUCUAAAACUAAAAAAAAAUUUUCAUGC